CACAGCGCAUUUAAGUCACAUGACCUGUCGUCAUGACGUGUUUGUAGCUUAUCCGGGUCAGAAGGCGUCAGCAUGGACACGGGGGAUGUUCUUGCAUCUUUGGGGGUAGAGGGAGCCACCGCGGCUGCGCAUGCGCUGUCUCUUCCAGCAGAGGCGUAUGGAAAUGAUGCCCAACUGGAGGUAAUGUGGGCUAUGAAAGCUUACAAUCACGCAGAAGUGUACUUUAAUCUUAUUUCCUCAGUUGACCCCAAAUUUCUAAAACUAACUAAAUCAGACGAGCAGAUAUAUACGAAAUUCCGGGAAGCAUUUCCUGACCUCAGUAUUCAAGUUCUGGACCCGGAGCUGCUCAAGUCCGCAGACGCUAAAGAGAAAUGGAGGCCCUUUUGUAACCAGUUUGAAGGAGUUGUAGAGGACUUCAACUAUGGCACAUUAUUACGUAUAGACUGUCAAAAGGACUACACGGAGGAGAACACGAUAUUUGCAACAAGGAUCCAGUUUUACGCCAUUGAGAUUGCGAGAAACAAGGAAGGAUACAAUGACUUUGUCCACAACGCCAGUUCAAAAGCCAAACUGAAAAAAGAUAAGAGUUCAUCAUAAUAGCUUAAUAUUUAAAGUGGCCUUGUUGGUGUAGAAAUCUUUCUACACAAACAGUGGAAAAACAUAUAAAUAUCAUUUUUUCCCCCCAUAAUGUAAAUGUGUAAAAGAGUUGCUUUUUUCAUUUGUAUUCAGACGUUGAAUGGUUAAUUCAGUUUUGUUUUUCCUGCAUUGUCUGAUACCUUUUCUUUGUAAUAAAUAACAGUACAUAUUUCCACGUGAAAAAC